AAAGUAAAUAUUCAAAGGUUGACAUGGAACCGAGGAACGCCGUAACUGGAGUUUAAUGAAGAUAUUUUUUGAUUAUGAACUUGAUUUAUUUAUUUGAAGCUUGUCAAUACGUUAAGAUGGUGAGGGCUUGGUUUAUGGACAAUGAUCAUAGUGAUCAAAGAAAAGAACACCACCGCAAUCCUCCUCAAUUUAUUGAGCUUGAUGAACUUUUCAAACUAUCUGGUGUUGAAUAUUUCAAGCUGAAUAUCGAUACCUUGGAAACCGAUGGGAUUUUAGAGAAGCUAAAAAAAGAAAGAGGUUACACAUAUGAAGAUGAAAUAGUGAUUUCUGAAGGGUGCCUCCAAAAUUAUGAGGAGAAACUGAAAAUUUUUUAUACUGAACAUUUACAUACUGAUGAAGAGAUACGACUAGUGGUUAAAGGUUCCGGGUAUUUCGACGUGAGGGAUAAGAAUGACGAGUGGAUCAGGAUUGAAGUUGUACCAGGAGAUUUGUUGAUUUUACCAAGUGGCAUUUAUCACAGAUUCACUUUGGAUGAGAAGGUCUCCUGUCAAAUUUCUGUAUACAUUCUUUCCAAACAUUCCAGAAAUUUCUAUAGGGUGAAACUUGCAGCCCUCGUAUGUUCAAAGGCACGUCCUUCAGAAUACCAUAAUAGCCAGACGAUUCUUCAUAGGUGAACCAGUUUGGACGGCUCACAAUCGACCUUGUGAUAAUAUGGAGUGUCGAAAACACUACGUUGAGAGUUUCGGAUCAGGAACCUUUGUGAAAGUAUAGUUACAGUUAUAUUUGGAUUUUUUUAUAUACUGUUAUGAAAUAUAUUCAAACAUGUUUAUUAUUGGGGUACAUUUAUUAAAUAAAUACUCAAUUUGUUCAUCA